AAGGUCACCUGUGCUAAUGGAGGAAUCUGCUUUGCCAACCCUGCGGACGGCUUCAUCUGCCUGUGUCCUCUGGGCUAUAAGGGCUUCCUCUGUGAGGAGAGUUUCCUGUUGUCUCUACCCCAGUUCAACGAGAGCAUGUACUCGUACUCCAGCGCCCCCUGGCCUCAGCCAUCCCACAACUACCUGUCCUUCAUGGAGUUCGAGAUGACCUUCCAGCCGACCAAUCCUGAUGGCACGCUGCUCUACACCAAUGAUGCGGCCAGUCGUGACUUCCUGUCAAUCAGCCUGGUGGGCGGAUAUGUGGAGUUUCGCUUCGACUGCGGCUCGGGUGCCACAGUUAUCAGGAGUGAAGAGGCCAUCGCUAUGGAGGUGUGGCACGAGUUGCGUGUCUCUCGAACGGCAAAAAAUGGCAUUUUACAGGUAGACAACCAGAGACCAGUGGAAGGCAUGGCAGAGGGUGCAUUUACACAGAUAAAGUGUAGUUCUCCUCUCUAUAUUGGAGGAGUUCCUAAUUAUGAUAUUACUAAGACAAGCGCUGGCGUCCUGAGACCCUUCACUGGAACUGUGCAGAAGAUCACUCUGAAUGACCGCACUAUAGAGCUGAAGCCCGGUCAGGCUUUUGGGGUGAACGUGUGGAACGCAGAUCACCUGUGUGUGGAGAACCCGUGUGCUAAUGGAGGAGCAUGCAGACCGACGUGGGACGGAUACGACUGUGACUGUGCGCUUGGGUAUGAUGGGAAACACUGUCAGAAAGAAUGUGGGAAUUACUGCUUAAAUACCUUGUUAUCAAAAAUCUAUUACCCAAUGGAGAAUUUUUUUUUUUACUUCUAUUGCACUCUAUAUGCUUCAUAUGAUGUUUUUGUCUUUUCCGUGCUUACAUGCAUGCACACAUGCUAAUAUAAUGGUGCGUGUCUCUGCAGGGUGUCAGGUUCCAGAACAAACAUGUUCAUGCGAUUUAAGAGCACGUCUAAAGAUGGUCUUUUACUAUGGCGAGGAGACAGUCUGAUGAGAGCUAAGAGUGACUACCUGUCUCUGGGCCUUCAACAUGGAGCGCUCAUUUUCAGCUACAAUCUUGGUAGUGGAGCCGCCACUGUGGUCAUUAACGGCACAUUUAGUGAUGGCAGAUGGCACAGAGUGAAGGCUGUCAGGGAUGGACAGUCUGGUAAACUAACCAUCGAUGAUUACGGAGCUAAAACAGGGAGAUCUCCGGGUAAGAUAAGACAGCUGAACAUCAAUGGUGACCUUUACAUUUAUGGGAUGAAGGAGAUCGCGUUGCACACUAACAGGCAGUACAUGCGAGGUUUAGUGGGAUGCAUUUCUCAUUUCACUCUCGCCACGGACUACCAUCUGUCUCUGGUGGAUGAUGCAGCUGACGGCAAGAACAUCAACACCUGCACCAACUGA